AUGGCCAUCCUAAGUGUGACUUCUGCACUGAAUUCUGCUCAGGUAACUUUUUGAUUUAGGCAUUACAUUUUGUUAGUUCAUUCCUCUACACAAUAGACAUCAUACCCAUAAUAUAUUGUUUAUCUCAAGGAAAUACAGUAUGGUAACAAUAGUUUCAUAUAAAAUGCUAUCGUUAUUUUACUUUAGUUGAUUAGAGUGGAUAAACAUAUUCAGAGCAAAUGUCUCAUUGAUAAUUUGUGUGUUCGUGGGUGUUUGUGUGUCUUGUAUUUGUUUGUGGGAAAAGUUGAUCAGCACUUGACACAGGUGAAGGAAUGCCGCUGGGACUCAAACCGUGAGUGCCACUGUGACAGGGGCUUUUUCUGUGCCAGCACUGCCCAGUAUACCUGCAGGAGGUGUAAACCGUGCCCGCCCGGCACCUUCUCCAACACACCAAACCUAGCCAUGUCCUGCAAACCCCACACAGAGUGAGUCCACAGCUACAGAACACUGGUGCUGAGCACCAAAUGCACUGUACUGAUUCACAUGUUGUCUACCUAUAAAUAUCUAAAAUAUGAAACUGUAGCUCCCUCUACUGGAUUUUUGAGUCAUUUGAAACUACUACUUUUACAGUAAAUGAAAUGAUUAUUAGUACUAGUAGUAUCCAACACUGUACUUUCUCAUUUAGAUAACAAGUUAUCUCCUGGCUUCUCUCCUACCAGUUGUGGCCAUAAGGGAAUGACCAUGAUAACAGAGGGGACUGCCUCUCAGGAUCGUGUGUGUGCCCAGACUUCCCCCACCUCUCCUACAACUACUGCACCUCCACCUGUUCACAGCUCAGAGAUGGCCCUUCAUUCUGCUACAUCCAGUGUAGUCAGCACCAACAGAAAACUCCUCAUCGUGGGAUCCCCAUCUCCCCCAUCUCGACUGGUUAGGUCUCCUGAGGGUAUGGCUCUUAGGAAAACGUUCUCAUACUUGAGGGAAAUCCAAGCAUUUCCUGCUCUGUCCCCUGGAGCUCUUUAACAAGCUUCACCAGUCAAGCACUAGAGGUCUCACUGUCCCAUGAUGUUAUCCUGUCAUUUAAUCACACAAAUUCUCUAUUUAUUCCAGCCUAUCCUACAGCCCCAAUGUACGAAUCUGCAGACCGUUCACCAGCCUUUCUCACCAGGUCCUAUCUGUCCCAAGCCAGGAGCGACCCCUCCACCUCCCUCCCAACAAAGCUCACCACCAGGAGAAAGCCCCGCAAGAUGGACAGUGACACCUCACCUGCAGAGUCUGCCUCUGCGCCCCCUCUUACCACAGAAGACAAUGGUAUAGUUAUCAAAAGACUAGAGUAUCCCCUCUCUCAAUUUCUACUAGAUGUGACAAUUCAUAAUUAUUUCAGAAAUUAAUUUGUAGUUAGUGUAGGCCCUUAAAGGAUCUGUUAUAUUCAGUGAAAGUAACAUAACACUGACAUGGUAAACCACUACAGGCAGCCUGCUUCUGUCUCUGCCUUUCCAUAACAAUGAUACAGUACUUUCUCUCUGUUCACCCCAGACUCACCUCAUCUCCCAGCCCCAGCCUCUGGACAGAGCCCUCCCAGUCCCCCUUGGCUGCUGCUGAUAGUUGGGCUCCUAGGGGUGGUUCUGCUGCUGGUUGGUUACUUUGUCGUGUGUAGGGGGAGGUCACUGGAGUCCAUGCACAAGUGGAAAGGUGAGCGAGUAAAGUGGUUAGAUAACACAAACACAUAUGCAGUGAUGCAUGGAAUUUUUCUAUAAGACACAGUAAGUAGAUAAAUACACACAAUUAUUGACAAAGCUAACGCUAACACCACCUAUUCUCCCCUGCAGGGGGAGACAGUGAAACAUUGUGUGUAUACAAAUGUGAAAAACAAUGCAUUUGAAUUACUUUUAUACUCAGAGUCAAAUACUUGACCACUUAUAAAGAUAAUUUUGAUUCCUUUAGGUCCAAUAUUUGGGAAAUAUGUGAGUACAGAACUUAAUCUCUAUUUGCGUAAAGUAUGAAUAGAACUACUGUCCAUUGUUACUAGAAGUAUAAAUUUACAUUUAAAUUUUAGUCAUUUAGCAGACGCUCUUAUCCAGAGCGACUUACAUGUCGACUUCUCUACCGUUAGGACGUCCAGAUUUGUAUGGAAGUUCUAAGAGGGAGCUACAAAGCGUGGGAGUGCCAGCCUUGUCCUGCUGCCCUACAGACGGCUUCCUAUAAGCAGGCCCAGCUGCCACAGGAGAGAAUCCCACACCUAGAGGCCCAGCAUCUUCUGGGGAGGGAGACUGGGGGAGAUCCUAGACUGGAGUGUACAGGGUCGCAACCUCCAGGGGGCAUGCAGCAUGUCACAGUGGACCACUCUGGAGGAGAAAACAUUAGCAACAUAGUGGGUAGGUGUAGUGCAUCGCUUUGCACUGUAACUGAUAUUUUUAAACUGCAUGAAUGUCAUAUUAUUACACUGUAUCUUAUGUUUGCGUGCUGUACAGCCGCAUUUGGCCUGACAUAUUUUCUGCUACAUUGUCCGAUAACUAGGGCCUAGAGCCCUCAGACUCAACUCUGGACCUCGAAACGCUGGACCUUUUUUUCAUUGUUCCCCUUUAAUCAGGGAUUGAUUUAGACCUGGGACACCAGGUGGAUGCAAUUAAUUAUCAGGUAGAACAGAAAACCAGCAGGCUCCGGACCUCAUAGGGUAAGCGUUGAAUACCCUUGGCCUAUAGGUCCGGGAAAACUCAGGUCUGGAAAAUGUUUGUGACUCAAUGUUCUUUGCAAGGAAGUGAGUUUUAUUUUUUAAACUUGCGUCCGAGUUCACAUUUCCCCUUCCAGUUGUUUUCUUUGGUCGGGAGUUGAGACAUACUUCUUCUAGUUUGAACUUCCUGUUAACGUUUCCCUUCCAAGACACAGUAGCAUCAAUGCAGUGCUGCAGUGUAUAUUGUACAUCAGUGUCAGAGGUUAAUUUAGUGAAGAUACAGGAAACCAGAAUCAUGCACACAAAAACAGAAGCAUAUGCUGGUGAGUGAGGCCAGCUUUUCACUUCCUCUCUGUCAUAUUGUUAAUUUAUUACACUACCAAGUCCACCAGGUUUUAUAUCAGCAUUUACUGUUCAUAAUAGAUAUGAAUUUGUGUGUCACCUGUUUCAAUAAUUUCAUCUAAUAAUGUUUGUGCUUGUUGGUGUUUGAUUCAGGGUCCAUAUACAUCUACUCUCCAGGGACGGUUGUCCUGGGAUCCAACAAAUCAGGGAGGGAGGAGGAUCAAGGGGAGAGUGGAGGAGAGGGCUGUCCCCUCACCAGCACACCCCAGCAGGAGUCCUCCUGCCCCCUCCCUGGGGCCCCCGCUCUGGGGCCAGAGAGAAUGAGCUACCCCGUCCCAGCCACCAGCAAAGAGCUGAGCUACCCCGUCCCAGCCACCAGCAAAGAGCUGAGCUACCCUGUCCCAGCCACCAGCAAUUGA